CUGCGCGAAUGUCCAUUGUGUUUUAAUAGGCUACCAGAAGAUGCCUUUCCACAGUUGUCUUGUUGUGAUCACCGCUCUUGUAGAAGUUGUUUGUACCAGGUAAUGGAAAGCCGUGUGCAAAUUACUUGUCCAGAAUGUUACGAAUUCCUCCACCCGAGUGACAUAUAUGCUUUAAUGGCUGAUGAUCCAGAACUCAUAAAGAAGUAUGAGGAUUUUUCUUUACGUCGAGCACUAAUGACUGACCCUGAUACGAGGUGGUGUCCAGCACCAGACUGUUCGUAUGCGGUUAUUGCUACUGCAUGCGCUGCGUGUCCCGAGUUGCACUGUGAACGACCGGGUUGUGGAGCUUUCUUCUGUUACCACUGUAAGGGGCCGUGGCACGCGAGCCAGACUUGCGAUGAGGCUAGAAGAGAACGAGGGGGGUGCCCAAGGUGCCAUGCGCUAAUAGCGAAGUUGAAUGAUGGGUCAUGCAACCAUAUGGUCUGUACGUUAUGUCGAGCUGAGUUUUGUUGGUUGUGUUUGAGAGAAAUUAAUGAUUUACAUUACUUAAGUCCGACGGGGUGUACAUUUUGGGGGAAAAAGCCGUGGACGCGAAAAAAGAAGUUGUUGUGGCAGGUGGGAACUCUUAUUGGUGCGCCUGUCGGAAUUGCUUUGAUUGCUGGCUUAGCAAUUCCAGGAAUAAUUUUUGGCGUUCCAGUUUUUGUCGGAAGGUUUGUUUAUCAAACGAAAGCUCGGCGUCGGCUUCUUAUCGCAGGCAGUGUAAUUGGUUCUUUGAUUGUUAGCCCGGUUCUUGCAGUCAUGGCAGUAGGCGUUGGGGUACCUAUAAUGCUUGCUUAUGUUUAUGGGGUUGUGCCAUUAUCACUGUGCCGCAAUGGCGGAUGUGGGUUAGGUUCAAGUGACACUGCAUCUGUUAAGGAUAAAGUUUUGGAUGAAGAAGGCAUUUGGAGCAAGCUUCUUGACGGUAAGUUCAUCACGUCUCAAUGA